AUGGAUUAUUUCGUAAAUCUAAGAAAUAAGAUAAAAAAGGGAACACCUAAUAGAGCGCAACCUACUGAUGCCGAGCAACUGGCAAAGUUUCGUGAAUCAUGGAACUAUAUCGAAUCACAAUUUAAUACCGAGGAGAAAAAAUCCUUCCCCGAUGACGUUGACGUGAAACAGACUGACAUUCCAUUACAUCUCAAAGAAAUGGUGAACAUUCUUGUUGACGAAGGUAUGCGACUCGAAGACGUGAACACGGGUCUUUGCAGAGAAGAAUUCCUGAAAAAUAAAAUCCUCGAAGAAUUGGUUAAACUUGCCACUAACGAUGUUCCAAAGGGUAUCUGUGGCGAAAUUAUCCGGACUAUUGGAAAUAUGAUUAAUUUAUUGGAUGAUCGGUUUUUAGUCCAUAAUGCCGUUCAUCAACCGACCGUCUCCCUUAUGAUUAAUUUAUUGGAUGAUCGGUUCUUAGUUCAUAAUACUGUUAAUCAGCCAACUGGCCCUCUUUUGCAAGAAAAAUAUGAAAAAUAUGAUGAAGAUCUUGUUGAUUUAAUGUAUAUUAUAUGUUCCAAAAUUCAUGAUUUUCCCGAACUUUUGAAUAUUUUCUUUCAUGAUACUCAAUGGCUUACGACACCACAAAAGACUUAUCCAAAAAAGGAAUCAGAAAAUACUGCAAGCUUCUCAUCGAAUAGUAGUCAAGAUGGAAAUUUAGACGAUGGUUCUGCAUCUGCAAAUAGUACGAUGGAAUCAACUUCUGCAAAAACAACAGAGUUCACCAAAGAACCAGAAAAGCGUGAAUACAAAUUUUUGCUAUUUUCAUAUCUGCUUCAUUUUCUUCAUAGAGAAGGUAAAAGUGGUGAAUAUGCUAGAUGUGGUUUACUUUUUAUUAUUGAGCUCAAAGAUGAGCAAUUAGGUGAAUUUAUUCUUGAAAGUGACUUUGCACAGAUUAUGGCUGCCGGAUUGGGCGCGCUUUAUUCACAAUUACCACGCAAAUUAAUGGUAAAAAGCUCGAGUGGUGGGUUAACUAAUGCUACCUUGUUGGGAUUCGGUGGUGAUAAUACAAGCGCUGAAUUAGAGAGACUACAUUCAAAUGGAAUUGUGAUUUCUUCUUCACGUGAAUUCAAAAAUCAACUUGAUUCAUUUUUAAAGUUACUGGAAUUUUGUCAAGACGUUUUAAAUAUAUGUCCAAAUGUGGAUAUUUCUUUGGCUUUACUUCAAAAUGUCAAAAGUAUUUUUCUUGAAAACAUUCUAUAUCCAUCAAUUCUGGAAUGUUCUGACACAGAUGGUUCCGCCGUCGCGGUCAUUUCUUACAUUGACAUAAUCAUGCAGACAUUGGAACAAGAAGAAUUAGUUGACGUGGUGGUAGGUUUUUUGAUGGAUUCUGAUGGUGAUGAUGAAGACUUCUGGAAACAACCAAUUGCCAAUAAAAUUGCAAAACGUCAAAGUACAAUAAAUCUAUUCGAAGGCAUUGAUUCUAAUGCGAUCAAGUCUCCUCCUUAUUUCACAGCAAUCGGUCGAUUUACUCUCAAGGAUCUAAUAUUUUCACGUUUGCGAUCCUCAUCUCAACAAACCGUCAUUGCAACUCUAAAGCUUCUUCAUACCGUCAUCUCUAAACAUUGUCGAUAUUCUUUGAAAUUAUUAAACAUAGAAUUGGACGAGAAUGCUACAUGUUUUCCUAGACCAAAUUAUCUAUAUGAAGAUCCAUGCAGCGAACCGCAUGGAUCAAGCUUUGCUCAACCAAAAUUAACAACAAUCAGUCACCAUUUGAAAGAACUUGACCUUUUCUUCUCCUUGAUAACUGCAAUUGAUCCAACUCCACAAAAUAUGGAAAUUUUUACGAAUGGAUACGACUCCUAUGUUCGUGAUGCAGAAAUGAUUAUAGAAGCUGAUGCGUGUUAUUUCAAUGGUCUGGAUGUAGAAUGGACGGAAGAUGGCCCUACUAGACCAAAUUCAAAGAAAUCUUGUAGACAACGAUUUUUGACUUACAGUCAAAGCAAAAAUGGCAAGAAGGGAGCAUCCAAAGGCAUGUCGGCAGUUCCUAAGCAUCGUUUAAGCCCGACAGAUCGUUUAAAUCCGGGUGAUUCGCUCUUACAAAUUCUCGUUGGAACUUUACGGAAUUUCUUUGCUCAUUCACCAGAGUUAAAUCUAGUUCUUACUGGAGUUCUUUCUGCCUUGGCUAUUUGUCCUUAUAGAUCGUUAGAAGGUUGGCUUGUAUUUAGUGGUACUGAUAGAUUAGAUAGUCGACGAGAAUCUCAUUUGGGAGAUUUAGAAAGUCUACAGCCUGGCGCAAAAAACCUGGAAAUACCACCUGGAAUAUCUGAUAAUGAAAAUAAUGCUAUUGCUGAGGGAGAUGACAAACCCAUAAAUGACUUUGAUGAAGAUGAUGAUCGUUCAAUUGAUUUUGAUGCUGACAGAUGUCCAUCUGCUACAAAAGCUAUUGAUACUACUCCGAAAUGGACUAAUUAUCCUCCAUUUUUCACUAUCUUUAAAACACUGACUCAGGAAGUUAAUUCCUACCGCAGUGAAAUUGAAGGGUUUGAUCAAUUUCUUAAAGAAAGAAGGGGUGGCCUGUUGGAUGCAGAUGAUGAAAUUGAUGAAAAUUUCUUCAAGCAGCCUUACGUUCCCGCACGUACGCCUACUAGAAGAAGCAGUACUUCUAAUCAUUCAGGCUCUGGUAUUUCGACUAAUACGAAAAAUAGAAAAAUGACAGGACAUAGAACACCAAAAAGAGCCGAAUCAAAUUCUAAUUUGAAUUCACAGAUUGGUGCAUCAUUAACUUUCAGGUCUUCUCCUAUUACAUCUUCCAACAUUACCACUCCGUUUUCAACGCACUUCCAAAAAACAGAGGCCAUCAAAAUCCGGCCUGCAUUUCCAGCAAAUUUUAAAUCGACAAAAACCAGGCAGAAGGAAUCAAAACCUAAGGAAAUCACGUUGAGUACGCUUCUUAACAAUGUUGUUAUUCUAGAGGAAGCUAUUAAAGAGUUGGUUGCUAUAGUACAAGUAAGGAGAAGCCUAGGUAUCGAUGAAGUUAGAUAUUUGUAA